UCUUAUGCUCGUAAAAUGCACGUAAUUGUAUGUGUGAUGGCCUUAAACAGAGGCGGACCGUUAACUUUGGGGGCCUUUGGCUAAUACUACUCUACUUAUGCCAGUACUUGGAAUUAUUUUUAGUGCAAAAAAACAAAACGGUUGGUUUCGCCGUUUUUCAUCACGAAGGGGCCCUUUAAUUGAACGGGGUCCCAGGCUGCAGCUCAUAAAGAUUAUGCCUAAAUCCGCCUCUGGCCUUAAAGAUCGAUUAUUUACGUGGAUUGUUAAAACGUAAAGUAAAGAUUGUACAAGAUUUGCGCGAUAUUGUAGAUUAUGGAAAUGCCAAAUACAGCUGCAUCUGGUAAACCUGAGGAAAAUUGCAGCAAGAGCUACAAAACUCAUGUAGAUCCUAAAUAUGAGUGUCCCAUUUGUCUACAAUGGUUACAUGAGACAGUUUUAACAUCCUGUGGACACAAAUUCUGUUCAAAAUGCAUUUAUGCUUGGCUUGAGAAAAAAGAGUCUUGUUGUCCAGUUGACAGCCGCUCCUUGAAACAUGAAAAUGAUCUUUUUAGAGAUCUCCACACUGAUAGAGAAAUAUCUCAGAUACAUAUAAAUUGCCCGUAUCAACAGUUUGGUUGUGAAGUAGAAUUAUCUCCUGUAGAUAUGAAUACACAUAUUGAUCAGUGUACUUAUAAAACAACUCUUUCAGAAUCUCAAACACAAAAUACUGAUAAAGGGAUGUCUGUGGAAGCAAUAUUGUGGGAUCCACCUCAAAAGUCUGGGGCACAGAUUUCAAAUAAAGAAGGACCUACUCCUGAUUGGCAACAGUUACUCAAAAAUUUGUACGAAAGAAUAGUAGUCCUAGAACAAGCAAAUCGAGAACUUUCCAUAACAGUGUCUAAUCAAAAAAGUCAACUGGAAACUAUGUAUCUACAAACUUGUAAUGGAUUUUACAUAUGGAGACUAAAAUCUUUUCAAGAAAAACUCGCAGCUAUGAAAAAAGAUCAUCUUCAAAUGUUUUAUAGUCCAGCAUUUUAUACAAGUCCAUACGGAUAUAAGAUCUGUGCUAGGAUCAAUAUAUCCUCUAACGAUGAAAAUUAUCUUUCCUUGCUUUUACAUAUUAUGAAAUCUGAUAAUGAUGACGCUUUAGAUUGGCCUUUCAAUGGAAUAAUUUACUUUGUAUUGGUACAUCCACUUAAUUCGGACGAAAAUAUUCGUGAAAUAACCUUGUCAAGGCGUGAUCUUGAAUCCUUUUGGAAACCUGCAUGUGAAUUGAACAAACGUAGCUUUGGUUAUACCGAAUUUGUACACGUAGACGAAGUAUUAAAAUAUGUGUGUGAUGACGAAAUAAUUUUUAGAAUAGAAGUUCAUCCGGAUGAUAAAUUUAAGAUGACUCUGAUGGAGUAAAACUGAGAUUAAUUUAUUUGUGUGUUUGAGAUAUAAUUUUAUAAUCGAAAGUAUUAGAUAUUAAAUAAGAUAUAUGUCAACAGAUUUGGACAAAGCUUAAAUUCUAAAUUUAAAGCUACUGGAUAUUUAUUUCUCUCAUGUUGAGUUACUCUGCGGAGGGUUCAAGUUAAGACGAAAAUAUAAGAAUGUGAUCACAUGCAGCCAAAACAUCAAGACGGAAAAGAUUUAUUGUGAGAGAUCAACCAAUUAUAAACGAGCUAUUCCAUUCGAAUUUUGGCGGUCUCUUUUGGUCACACAUAAUACAUAACUUUAUGAAAAUUGUAAUUGCUUUUUUAUCAUAACAUUGGUUGCGCUCGAGAAGAGUGCUAUCAGCACUAUUGCAUUAUCAUUCUAUGGUUUUUGUUUUGGCUUUUUUUCUCACGCAGACCUCAUCGCAUGUCCACAUUUUCGAUUAUUGAGAUAUUUGUUCUAUACUCAACUAGCUUUGUUCCACAUCCAGGAGUUUUAAAAUCUGAAAUAUGUAUAUAAUUUCAAUCGAAAAGAGAGAGAGGGAGAGGAAAUGUAUUUGUAUUAUAU